AUGACUGCAGGAAAAAGGUAUAUUCAGUCUGGUGAUGAGAUGCAUGGGGCCAGCUUCCUCCUCUUCUGUCCUCCAGAAGAGGAGGAAGCUGGGUGUGUUCUGAAUGCUGGAGACGUUGGACCAGCAGGCCCAUCUGGACCACCGGGGAUUCCUGGCCCUCAGGGCCUUCCAGGAAUUAUGGGACAACUUGGACUGAAAGGUGAUAAGGGUGAAGUCGGAUUCUCAGGCGAACUGGGAGAGCCAGGCUAUCCAGGAGAUAAGGGAGUGAUAGGUUUGUCAGGACCACCAGGACCGAAAGGAAAACAAGGACCCCCGGGAAAAAUUGGCGAUCGAGGACCACAGGGGUUGCCAGGCCCUGCUGGACCUGAGGGGUUUCCGGGAGAUAUUGGCUUGCCUGGAGUGAAUGGACCUGAAGGACCAAAGGGGCUCAUUGGAGACAGAGGGCCUCCAGGUCCGCCAGGUCCAAAAGGUGUAGAGGGUGAAGAAGGGCCACUUGGACCUCCGGGUGGUAUUGGACCAAUGGGAAGACCGGGACGUAAAGGCUAUGCUGGAGAACAAGGGCUGGAAGGCUUGAAGGGUGAAGUUGGAGAUAUAGGAAACAUCGGAAAAAUCGGUGAAGCAGGGCCAGAAGGUUUGCCGGGAGAAGUCGGGCCACCUGGGGAACCUGGAGAAAAGGGAGAACGGGGAAAUCCUGGACCUGAAGGGCCUUCUGGUGAAAAGGGAUCACCUGGCUAUCCUGGACCUCCAGGAACACCUGGACCAAUUGGUCCACCAGGAUUACUAGGUCCUGCUGGACAGAGAGGAUCACCAGGAAUACAAGGUCCAAAUGGUCAAAGAGGUCCACGGGGUCCUGACGGUCCACUAGGAGAAGAGGGCCUUGCAGGGAUGAAGGGUGAAAGCGGUGAUCCUGGCAAAAAAGGACUGCCUGGUCGUAUAGGGAAAGUUGGUAGUCAUGGAGAGAGAGGUGAACAAGGCAAACCUGGCCCUUCCGGUCCUCCUGGAAGCAACGGAGAUACCGGACCUUCUGGAGAAGCAGGACAAAGGGGGCCACAAGGAGACGCGGGUCCAUCUGGGGAAACAGGCCCUGAGGGAACACCUGGGACUGAGGGGGAAACUGGAGCUCUAGGAGAUCGGGGGAUUAAGGGAGACGAUGGGCCUAUGGGUAAUGUUGGGGCACCAGGAGAGCCAGGCUUACGGGGGGAACCAGGUCCACCGGGGGAAGAAGGUGUUCAGGGAAAAGAUGGCCCAAAGGGAGAACCGGGAGAUUUCGGCCUUCAAGGAGAGACUGGUGAAAAGGGAGAAGCUGGCAUAGACGGAAACCAAGGGUCUGUCGGAGGGCCUGGCAUAAUGGGAUUACCUGGUCCAGAGGGCAAACAAGGAAAUCCAGGACAAAGAGGUCGUCCAGGCAAAAAGGGGGAAAAGGGACAAAUGGGACCAGGUGGAGAAAUUGGAAGCAUCGGUGACCAGGGAGAGCAAGGCAAAUCAGGCCCCAAAGGGUCACGUGGAACACGGGGACCAGUGGGCCAUUUAGGAGCCAUGGGGCCAGAGGGAGAGCCUGGGAUUCCAGGAUAUGGGGUACGAAUGUAA